GCAGCCAUUGAUGCACACACACGCACACACACGCACACACGCGCACACACACGCACACUUACAAAGCUACGCACACCCCACCCUCUUUUUGAUCUCCACGCCACCGGUAGGAAUAAAUACGCGGGGAUUCCACCCACAAGAUUCACUCGGACCGGGUCACACAUUGGAAGAGGAACACAUCACAACCCCCUGCACUAAAACAAAAAAUGGCCCAGCUCAAUCAUUACGUCUACUUGGCGCUAGUCAUCGUCGAGUUCGUCUGCCUAACGAUAGCGAGUCAUCCCCCGUCAUGGAGGCGACGCGCUGGCAUCAUCCCCAUGUCCGCCCAUCAACAGCCCGAUGAAAUCCUCGCCGAAAACACCUCAUCAGACGUCCACGCUGAUGACGGUAGCCCAGACCCCGAUCUGACCAGCGCGUCAAACGGGAGCGAAGACGCAAUGACCCCUCCACCGGAAUUAUCCACCUGUCCACCGUGCUGGUUACGGGAACAGCAGAAACAAUUCCGCAUUGAAAGUAUCAAAAGACGCAUCCUGGAGAAACUACAGAUGACGCAUGUUCCGAAUAUCACAGGACCUCCGCCCAAGAACCCAGCCAUUAAAAACUUGCUACAAAAUUAUCCACAGUACCAGAACAAUCCUUCGGUCCAGUCAGAUUCACCACAGACCGAGUACAUCGACCCUGCCCCAGCACAACUUGAAAGGAUCCUCAUAUUUGCCAAAAGACCGCUCCAGACGCAUGGAACCGACGCCCCGUCCUGUUGCUACUUCAACGUUGCCGAGAAAAUAGUGGGAUACCACGUGUCAAGUGCCAAGCUUUACUUUUACGUGUCCCCCGCCAAAGUAGUCCAGAACACACUCCACCAAAUGACAAUCAAGAUGAUCACGGCUCGACUGCACCCUCCAGGACAGACUAAGCUUCGUCUAGUUGCAAACAUCAAGGUGCAGCUAAGUUUAAGAGUCGGGGCGUGGAGGAGCGUUGACUUCACCAACGUUGUGCAAGGCUGGGCGGCCGAACCUGAGACCAACCUUGGCAUCGUGCUGGAGCUCGAAGACGAUGCAGGCAAUUCUGUGCUCAUAACUGAGACUUCGACAGAAGAACCAAGAAGGCCCUUUCUGCAACUGCGGCUAGACGAUACCAGAAGAGUACGGAUGAAACGUCAGAGUGAACAGAUGUGUGCUGAGGAUCGGCUGGAACGCGAGUGUUGUAAGUACCCCCUCGUUGUGGACUUUCAACAAUUUGGGUGGGACUGGAUCAUCGCUCCCAGGACGUACGAUGCCAACUACUGCUCAGGAAGUUGCCCUGACCACUAUUUUUACCGCUACCCUCACACCCAGCUAAUAAGUCAGAUGGAUCGCUUAGCGGUGGCAGGACCGUGUUGCUCACCAAGCAAAAUGACCUCGGUAAGUCUUCUCAUUUUCGACGAAGAUGGUGACAUCAGAAAUGCAGAACUCCAGGACAUGGCUGUUGAAAAAUGCGACUGCGCCUAGAGGGGAAAUCGCCUCGAACCAGUAAAACCUACUCAUCAUGCCCAAAGCCAUCGUCCCGAGUCCAGACCAAUUAAAGAUGUUUACUUUCGUCUAAAAGACUUGUUACCAAACGUCGGGGGUUUCCAAGCUAUGGACGAUAAUCAACUGAGAAAAUGAGAAUGAGGUAUUAAGCGGUGAUUUAUGGAAAAUAUAUUUAGUAAGCAAAUGACGAUAUGUCUUGGUGUAUUAACCGGUCACUUGAAGGUACUAUGUCCCAUUUGCAGCCAACAUCAAAAUUAGUAAAAUUUUGCAGGAAUUAUGAAUAUGUCACAUAUGUCCUAUCAGUGAAAUUUAAAAGUUAGCAGUGUCCUGAUAUUCAAAUUAUGCAAGGAAACCCGUUUACUUUCUAGACUUCACUGUCAGACACUAUUGAGUGAC